GGGGCGGUUGGCGGUUGAGGAGCGCGGCGGCUACAGCGCAUGCGUGCGGAGCGAGAGGCCUUCCCGCUUCCCCCCGACGAGAGCGGCGGUGUUGCCGUGCCGGCCUCUUCUGCGGCCGUGAUUUCGCCUCCCGAGAAGUCUUGCGCUCAGCAGAGGAUGCUUUUAUCUUUGGCCUCAAGAAACAAACGGGCAAGGACAUUUUCCUCGCGUUCCGCAGACGCCGUUUUCCAAAGGGGCUCGCUGUGGCCUAGUAAGCAACGGGAAUCUUCCGAGGUUGGCAAAGAUCUCCAAGCUCAUCCGGUCCGGCUGUCCACCCAUCACCGUGCGGAGCCCAUCUCCACCUCCGUCUCCGUCUCCGUCUCCGUCUCCAAGAAGGGCUGUAAGGAGGAUCCGGGGAAGUGCAGGCCUGUUAGCCUGAGCUCGGUGCCAGGGAAGGUGAUGGAGCAGACUGUCUUGGGGGAGACCACGCGGCACGUGCGGGACGAGCGGGGAUCAGGCCUAGCCAGCGUGGGUUCACGAAGGGCAGGUCCUGCUCGACCAAGCGGAUCUCCUGCGAUGAUCUAGCGACCCGCCUGGUGGAUGAGGGAAAGGCUGUUGCUGUGGUCUAGCCAGACUUCAGCAAAGCCUUUGACGCUGUCUCCCACGGUAUUCUCCUGCAGAAGCUGGCAGCCCGUGGCUUGGACAGGGUCCCGGUCGGAAAGGCGAUUUUGCGGAUCCAAGCAGUCCAAGAAGGAGGGCGUCCGGCUCUUUCCAAGAGCAGGGAACUCCUCUGAAGCCGAGCUUGCUCUGAGAAUUUCAUCAUGUCUCAGCGAGGAGUCGACUGCUACUUCUAUUUCUACUCCACCUGCACGAAGGGAGACAGCUGUCCCUUCCGCCACUGUGAAGCGGCUCUGGGGAGCGAACAAGUGUGCCGGCUGUGGGUGGAGGGUCGCUGUUCCAGUGGCAACUGCAAGUUCAGGCACAUGAGAAUUGAUAAGAAGCGCAGUGAGAUUCCGUGCUAUUGGGAGGAUCAACCAGGAGGCUGUCAGAAAGCCCACUGCGCCUUUCUCCACUUGAAGGAACGCGGUGGGAACGGACUGGCCGUACCACCAAGCCAAAAAGCUGACGCCAGUGGCCUUCCUCCGAAGAGCGGCCUUGCAGGAAGUCUGGGCAAGAAGCCUGGGAAGGCACCAAAGAGAGUUGACAUCCCAACUUCCUCCCAUGGCCCGGCUGGAAAAAAACGCAAGCGAUCUGAGGAGGAGGAGGGAAAAGUAAAAGAAUUGCCCUGCAAGAAACGAGUCAAGGGUGGACGCAAGGAGGCCGUGAAGCCUAUUGAUUGGAAAACCACCUUCCCCCCCAAGCAGAAACGGAAACGAAAAGCAGCAGAGAUGCAUCCAUCUGCUGCUGAGGACACAGAUGAGCCCCCAGCUAAAAAACUACCUACGGCCAUCGUUCCAGCCCUGCCCGGGGACAGCCUGGUGACCAUUCCUGCAGUCGAAACACCUCCAAGCAGCCUGGAACUGCUUCCAGGAAGCCAGGCGGACUCCGUGGCACAGUCGGAGGUCUCAAGUGCACCAUCCUAUUCCUCACAAGACGCAGCUGAGACACAGCAGCUGAGCUGCGCAGAGGCGGGGGAAGCACUCGUCUCUGAAGAGGACGAUCUCGAGCAGUUCAUGAUGGAGAUCACAGGAGAACUGGAAGGAGAAAUUGAGGUGGACGCUGAGAAGGAUGUGGACGAGCUCCUUCUGGAACUGUCUGACAUCAUUGACAGUGUAACACCAUAGACUGAUUGUCUAUUUUACAACCAACAGCAACAACCACCAAUUAAAACCAACCCUGUUCCUUUUCAA